AAGAUGGCCUCACUCGUCUUCCUCCCUCCGCCUCUUCCUCUAUCGAAGAGCAGACUUUCUCUCUCUUCUCUCAGGCUUCGAGCUUCCUCGUCCUCUCUCUCUCUUCCGCCUCCUGAGCCCGAGCCCGAGCCCGAGCCAAAGGUCGUCGUCACCAGAGAGCGAGGCAAGAAUUCCAACCUCAUCGACGCUCUGGUUUAAUUAAUUUAUAUUGGAUGAUUGGAGGGCCAAAUGAGUUCUCUCAGCUAUGCUUGCUUUCUUUCUGAAGUUGUUUGAAAGAUUUUCUUUUGUUUUCUUUUUCCAUCUGUUCUUGGUAAGAAACUAUCAUUCGAGUAUUUGGUUAGCUAAACUGGUGGUGCAGCUAAUUUGGUCUUGUUUUAUUUAUCUUUUCUUGCACUAUUUUGUCUCCAAAUCUGUUUUCUCUGUUGGUUUUGUUCAUCAUCUUUCUUAGCAAAGCUUUUGUUGAUGAAGAUUGCUAAUUCAUGCUUCUGUGUUAACUUAAUUUUACUCGGACACUUGCCAGGACAAAUGGUUCUCUAUGUUUGCUCUCUUUUCGAUCCCUUGAAGGUUGUCUGAAUUUCUUAUUCAUUUUAGUUGUGUUCAAGAAAAAACUAUUAUGAAAAUGCAUAUUUGAUUCUGCUGCAUAAAAAGUGUUUCUGUUAUCUACUGCAUCAUCUUCUCGUCUUCUUUGUUUUUGUCCACACUUUUUUUCCCCUUAAAGACAUUGUUAGCAUUGUUGUUUGAAAGCUUCUUUCUCACAGGUGCCGAAUAUAGGAUUAUAAAUUUUUUAAUGCUCAAGAUUUUUGCCCCUUUGCAUUUGUUUUCUAUAUUAUCUCUGUAUGUGUAAAUCCAACAAAGUGAAACUUGAGCCAUUAAUGCUCUACAUCACAUUGAACAGGAUAAAUCCAUGUUCUGAAGCUUUUGUUAGUAGCGAUCUGGUCCGUGUCUAAAAAAUAUUUAAUAUUUCCUUCUAUUGGAAAUGAUUGAUAUUAUUAUUGGUAGCUUGGAUCACAGUGAUUGAUGUAAAGUAUGAUUAAAGUUUUGAUCACCUGCCAUUUGGCUUUAUAUCAUAAUACAAAGAGUUCAUUUGUUCUGGCCAGCUUCGUCAUAUCUUGAAUAAAGUGGUUGUUUGCACUAAUGCAUUUCUUUGUCUCAUUAGUAUAGCUUGUAAUAUAAUUAUCUUCUUGGUUGUCAUAAAGCAUCCCAUAGCUUCACUAGAAACAAACCCCGCUUUAAGUGUUAGGGUUUUAACCCCAACAGACUACAGGCAAUAUAACUCUUGUAUUUUGCUUUGGACUUAAUCUAUUCAGAACAUUUGUUCAACAUAUUCAAAUAUUUCAUCUUUAAGGUUCUUAAGUAAAUUAAAAUUCAUAAUUAUGAAAUCCAAAGGUAGCAGAAUUGGCUUGACACCUACCAUUAGUUACUAGCUAAAAGAACCUACUUUGCUCGAUUUGCAAAGAAAGCUACUUAAUGGACCUUGACGACCCUUUUAAUUUAUCUAGGCUUAAAUGUUUAGGCAUUUGGAAUAAAUGACCGAUGUCUUCUUUAUGCAAUAAUUGGCCCCAGCUGUCUUGUUUGAGGUACUUUUUGUACAAACUAGUUGUUAUGACAUAUGCGUUUCUUUAUAUAAGUCCGUGUUUGCUUGGUUCUUUUUCUAAGAAUGGUUCUUAAUAGUCUAUCACUGUUCUUUUGAUUUCUUCAUAUGAGUUCGUGAGGACUUCAAAUUUUCUAUUUCUACCAGUGGAUGCAAUCUUUGUAAACAUACUCCUCUAAUGACUGGCAUUCAGCGGGCCUUAACUAUCAAUUGAAGCACAAGAAAGAAACCCUAAAGAGACACAAAAGCAUUUAGUAAUUAGCAGGUCAUUGCUAUGGUGUCGCGAGCAGUGUCAACAUACAGUACCAUAAACACUACUAUGAAUAGCACCGGCUACAGUAAUGCUACAGUAUUUAACUUUUAAAUACUAUCUAAACAUCACUUGCACUCUUCUGAGGAAUUUGGACUGUUGAAUUCUUUAAAUCAGUGAAUAGUAUAGACACAUUGAAUGGAAACUAGAACUUUGAUGCGUAUAAAUCUUGUGCUGACAGCUCAUAUAGGGACCCAAGAAACACUACCACGUAUAAAUCUUGUGCUGACAGCUCAUAUAGGGACCCAAGAAACACUAGAAGAGUGGGAACCGAAAGAUUACUAGAAGAGUGGGAACCGAAUUCACAUAUAAGGCCCUCCAAAGUGAUCCAUCUCUUGGCACCCUAUUUUCUACUGAAGGCAAAGCAUAACAUCCACUGUUUAGAGUUUCCUCUGAUUAAGCACACAAAAGGGCCGGAUGCAGAUAGGCUUUCAGCUUUCUUACGUGCAGUGGUUUCAUGAAUACAUGUGCAGAGUGCCUGUUGGAAAUAGCAGGUGGAAUAUGACAGACACCGUGUUUGAUUGGAUUGUCAUAACUUCUCCUGAAGCUGGUGAAGUUUUUCUCGAUGCAUGGAGGGCUGCUGGAAAACCCACAGUGCAAAUUGGGGUGGUUGGAUCUGGUACAGCAAGUAUUUUCCAUGACAUAUUACAACUACCUGGCCAAUCUCUUAAAAUUGCAUUUUCUCCUUCAAAAGCAACAGGCAAAGUAUUGGCUUUGGAGCUCCCAAAGUUCAGUCACAGGAAUUGUACAGUUUUAUAUCCUGCAUCUCUGAAGGCUGGCAAUGAAAUUGAAGAAGGCCUGUCUGAUCGAGGGUUUGAGGUCACAAGGCUGAAUACAUAUAAUACUGUUGCUAUUCAAGAUGUCGACCAGAUGGUUCUAAAACAAGUUCUUUGUGCUCCAGUUGUUGCAGUAGCCUCUCCUUCUGCAGUGCGAGCCUGGAUUAAUAUCAUCUCGAAAUUGGAAGAUUGGGACAACUCUGUUGCUUGCAUUGGGGAGACAAGUGCUUUGGCUGCAAAGAGAUUGGGACUAAAGAAUGUAUAUUAUCCAACAAACCCUGGUUUGGAAGGGUGGGUUGACAGCAUCCUUGAAGCUCUAAGAAUUCACAACCAACCACAAAAGGGAACUGAAGACUUAAACCUAUGGCAGUGAAAGACAUUCUUGGUUGAAGCAAGCCUGGAUAUCAUCAUUGCUGUGAUCACCCUAGCAGUAUCUUAUGCAUGUAGAGAGAUUCCCUUCACAUUUCAUUAUUGAAUGAAACUGGAUGGGAUAACUUCUUCAAUGGUCAACAACAAUGGAAAGGUGAUCAUAAGAUGAUGGAGAACCAAUUGUCUACUGAACAUGAUAAAAUGUGAAGAAUCCUGUACUCCAUGUAUUUUCCACCUUUUGCUUAAAGACUCAGGAAACUUUGACAACAGACAUGAAAUAGCCUGUCAUUCAUGGAAGUUCAUGCGCUACAACAGCAGCCUACACAUGCUUGUUAUUGUAAGGAGUCUGCAAAGUAAGAGUGGAAGGGCUAGUUUUGGCAUAUUCACAGAGCAACCUGCAAUUACGGUGAGAUCAUUGUUAAUGCUCUAUUGGUAGCUCGCACACAGGUCCCCCACCUUUCGGAUAUGAAUGGUUAGGUGAGCCAUAGAUAAAUGGUUAGCAGCCUCAUUCAAUGCACAGAAGCAAGCCAUGACAAUUCUCAGAAGUUUUUUGAAUCUUGUAAUUUUCAACUUCAAUUAUAUUCACUUGUGAUCAUAUCAAGUCUUCACAUAAACCAUUAUAUUUAAUAUGCUAACUUAAAAUUUAAAUUACCAUGGUUGAUUAAGUUGAUAACUAUAAGAAAUUAGUUCUAAUGGAGUUGGCAAAUUGUAAUUGUUUAUAGUUUUUUGAAUUUACUUCUUCUGGUGGUUGUCAUUUUCUACAUAUAUGUCUAUAUUUUAGCUCUUCUUUCUGACAAGAAGUUUAGCUUUCCUAUAUGCAAACAAAUAGUUGAGACCCUAUUCUUUAUAUAAUUAAGAUGUUUUUUUAAUCUUUUCCAAGCAAUCUGAACAGAAUUAUACAUCUUGCUUCUUUCCCUAUAUAAUUACUAGCUUGCUCUCCUGAAAACAGGCAAUCAAGAUUAAGUUUCAGCUGCUUGUCUUCCAAUAUAGCUUCAAACUAUGUCAAAAUUUUUGCUUUAUCAUAUUUGUUGAUCUUCUUUCAGUCUCAUGUAAGGUGAAUGGGAAGAGAGGGCAUCACGGAUUACAGUAAUAAUCAUGGUGCCUCAUUGCUGGAAUUUCUUGGCCAGAAAAAAUGCUCAAUAGGCUGUCAGUGCAUCUUAAAGACAUCCAUGCAUCCAUGAGAUGAGAAAGUGCAUUGUGUUAACACUGGAGAAUUUAUCUUAAUAUGAGGUGUACAUCUUUUCUUAGUAUAAACAAGUGUAAUUUUUCAUACUAUAGUGGAAAGGAAAUGAAUGUUGCAGGCGCAAACAUACCUAUAGAGCUACGCUCUUACACCAUUAGCUGGAUUUGACUCCCAAGCUUAUCAACCUAACUGUAGACCUGCAUUGUUCUGGUUUGCGUGGAUGAAGAUCCUUCAAUUCAGAUUACAAGAAAUACUGUUGUUGCAGA